UCCCGCCCGCUCAGCGCGCAUUGGUGCCGCCGGCUGUCAGUUCCCGCGUUCUGGGGAGGGGGCGCCGCCAGGCUGCGGUCUUUCUGCAGAGGACUGCUCGCUCCGGGUGCCACCGUAGCUUACUGGCUGUCUAGGUACCAGGCCUGGCGAGCGACCCCCAACCUGGGCAGCAUGGACUCCCGGGUCAGGAACCUCGGCGGCCUGGGUUGAUCUUUAAACAAAACAAAAAUCUAUCAAGUAAAGGGCUUUCAUGAAGAAAUGAAAGAGAUAAAUUACAAGUAAUAGAGAAAGCAGGCAUUUGUAUACAGGAGAAACCACCUCAAACAACUGUAUGGAGUAAGACGAAAGGAGUGAGUACACUCAGAAGAAAUUUUUCUUAGUGUGAUAUUUUUUCCCACUUUUAUUGUCAUCAACAGCUGCUAAGGAAGAGAGAAUAUCAUUUCCUGGAAAAAGUGUAACAUAAAAAUGGAGCCCCCAGUUUCUGAAAUUCAGGUAGAAACCAAAGAUGAGAAGAGAUCAGCGGAAGUUAGUCCUCAGGAUGAGAGGCAGGAGGGAAAAGCAUCGAUGCUUUGCUUCAAGAGAAGAAAGAAAUCAGCCAAAGCAAUGAAGCCCAAAGCUGGCUCUGAAGCUGCUGAUGUGGCAAGGAAAUGUCGCCCAGAAACAGCCUCUGAUCAGCCACAGCCCCCAGGGGGAGCCUGGGCCUCCAUCAAACAUCUUGUAACACGCAGGAAAAGGUCAGAGUCUUCAAAGCAGCAAAAGCCCUCUGAGGCUAAAGUGCAACCUGAAAUCAAUGCUGAGGAUGUUGACCUUUCUAAACAAAAGGCAAAAUCCAGACUUAAGAUUCCCUGCAUAAAAUUCUCAAAGAGGGAGAAAAGAAGUAAUCAUUCCAAAAUUAUAGAAGAUGCAGACCGCAGCAUCAGAGUUCAUGGAGAGGCUGAAAGGUUGGAUACGAAAACUCCAACCCAAUCAGGUGACCAGGCACCAAAGACCAAGUCGAUCCAGGAUGGAAGUGGAGAAUUCUCCCAGAAAGGGGGUGAUGAGGUCUGUGAAUCAAACGUGAGCAACAGCAUAACUUCUCCUGGAGAGGAAGUGGUUUCAGUAGAACUUGGUUUAGAUCCAGAGCACUCUGCAAUUCACACAGGAACUCUAGUCCUUGAAAAAGAGGUUGAAAAGAUUGAGGAAGAACAAAGUGUCCAACCCCAGCAAGCAAGCCCACUGGAGACUUCAGAAACAGAACAGCAGUUACCCGCCGCUUCGGAUGCUCCCCCAUCACCUGCGGAUGCUCCCCCAUCACCUGCAACCCCAGAGCAACAAAUUGGGGACGAAGCCAGAAACAAUACCCUAGAAAGUGAACCAAAUUGGAGAGACUAUGAAAGUGGAGAGAUUGUAGCUGAAGUGAGUAAGCCAGAGGAGUCUGAACUGAGCCAGGAAUCAGAUUUUAAAGAAAUUGAGAUCAACGCAGAGAAACCCAAACCAGAAGAAAGCAAAAGAAUGGAGCCAAUUGCUAUUAUUAUUACGGACACUGAAAUCAGUGAAUUUGACGUUAAGAAAUCUAAAAAUGUCCCUAAGCAGUUCUUAAUUUCAACUGAAAAUGAGCAAGUAGGGGUUUUUGCUAAUGAUAGUGGUUUUGAGGGUAGAACUUCAGAACAAUAUGAAACGCUCUUAAUAGAAACAGCUUCCUCUCUUGUCAGCAAUGCUAUCCAGUUGUCUAUAGAACAGCUGGUUAACGAAAUGGCCUCUGACGAUAAUAAAAUAAACAAUCUUCUACAGUGACUUAAUUUCCGGAUCAUGGGAGGGGGAAAAAAAAACUUUAAUUAUUCUACAUAUGUGUGGCAUUUCUUAUACAGAACAAAUGAGACAUUUUCACCUGUGGAAUUUAAAGGUACAAUUCCAGCACAGAAGUGCUAAAGAAUUAAUCAUGUUUAUAAAAACCCUUCCUACCACUAAAAUGCACUCGCUUCUGGAUUGGAGGAAGUCAGUACCGAUUGCAAUGCAAAGUGACAUACAGGGAGUUGCUACAUGGCAUGUGGAGAUCGGGGUGCCUGGGAGAAAGAAGAUAUAUUUAUUGAGCACGUACAGUAUGCCAUAAUCACUCUACUGUCCUCUGAUGUCACAAAGCCUGGUUUCCUUUUGAUAGCUCAAUCCUGUGUAUAGGUUAAUACUGCAUUCGGUUUUCAAAAACUUUUUUGUUGUUGUUGCAGUGCACAUUUAUGUUGUUUAAAAAGGUGAAUAAGGUGAGCUUUUUGUGUGUGAAUAUAUGAUUUCUAGUUGUUACACUCCUAGGCAGUAGUCUUACCUCAAAAAAAUAUUGCAUUUUCCCAGUUUCAGCAGAAUGUGCAGAAUAUGCUUGUUGAAUUAGACAUGAGUGAUUUCCUAGUUUUGCUCAAGUCCCUUACAAAAGCCAUUCACAAAUUACCUCAAACCGGCAAAUAAUUACCCAGGGCAAAGCUGGGGAAACAGCGAGGGCAUUUUCCCUCUCCAUCUUUCUUUUGACCCAAAGAGACCUGUAUAAAUCCAUUUCUGCAUGGGAUCAUCUGCUGGAAAGUUAAAAAACAAAACAACAAAAAUAAGUGGAAUAUUAUUUUCCAUCCAGGAGAAGGCAAACUUCCCAAGUAACAAGUUAUCCCAGAUAACAUGGAUUCAUCUUGCAGGGUUAUUAGAGACUGUAUUCAUCAACUCUCUUCAAAAUGGGGGAGAGUGGAUUCAAAGCCAGCCUGGCAGUAAAAGUCCUAGGAAAUCAUAAAAAUUUAGUGAAAACAUUAUUCAUUCUUGACCAAGUACAAGGAUGAAUAGAAAGCAAAAAGUUAUUGCUAAUGCACAUUAUAUUUUAAAUGUCAGUUUUCUUUCAUUGUGCCUGACACCAGUAAAAAACAUUUUACAUGGACACUGAAAAUUAACUUUUUCAUCAGUUUUUUCAAUCCAGCUAAUAAUCCCUUACCCAAAAAUGAACUUCAUAUAACAAGAAGGGCUUAUUUGCAUUUUAUUCUGUUAUUUAAAUCAUCGAUCUCAUCAAUGAUUGCAUUUUUUUUUUGAGAAAGUGAUUCUAUUUCAAUCUUUUCUUGUGGCCAUAAUACUAUAACACACUUCCUUACCUCACAGGUUAGGGUUCAUAUUGUAUAAAUCCCCCAUUGUCUAAACUGAGUGACAGUGUUACUCUGAAAGUAGAUGAAGUAAUGAGCUUUCACUGGAGUUGUAAGGUAUUUGUUAAAAAGGACUUGUACGUUCUUGGAGAAACGAAUAUACAUUAGAUUAUUUUAAAUGAUCUGGUGACUUCUUGAAUUACUUAUGGAUUGCAUGUAGGAAGUAUGUGCAAAUUUGUCCUGUAGAUUCUUCUGUUUCUGUAAGUACAUAUUGAGACCUCUGGCAGUUUGGAACUGAAUCAGAGUUUGGAAUUGAAGUAAAUAAUGGAUAUUGUUGGCACGAUUCUUUGCUGAAGUGCAAAAGUAUUCCCUCAGAUUUUCCUACCCUCAUGCUUAUAACCUUGGGGUUGGGGUGACCCACCCAAAUCCUUCAGUUUAGCAAAGUGAAAAGUGGAUCUUUCAAAACACGUGAGCCAAGAAAUUAAUUUUUCAUUGUAGAACUUUUAAAACAGUAAGAAAAAAAGACUGUUAUGUCAUCCUCCCUAAAACUACUUUUUAAUUCACUAUAUGCGGUGCUAAUGGACUUGGAUAGCUACCAGCAAAUAUCAUACUUAAAACUGAACAAUUUAAAAAUCUGGUUAAAGCUGGUGCAUUUUAUAGUGUUCUGAAAAAUCCUGCCUUCAUUUACUGCAAGAAUGGCUCAAGCCAAUAUACUUGCAUUUUUAGUAACCUCUCCGAGCAAAAAGCACAGCACUUAAGUUAUUGAAAAUAUAACAUUUUGAAAGGUUUAAGCAUAUUUAUUUGGGAGUUAUAAAAUCAUACUAGGUAAAUAUGUGUGAUGAAUUUAUUUUUGUUAAGAAAGUAACAUUUUAUCUAGUCCUAUGUUUCUACUAUCCUCCCACCCCAACUGGUUUGAUAGAUAUUUUUAGUUAGAAUGUAAUAUAAUUGUUUUUGUGAUGAGAUGUGUACUCUACUUGCAUUUAUUCUUAAGUGGUUUCUCCUCAAUCUUUUCUAUUGCGAAUAUCUGCUGAAUUAAAUAAGUACAAUUCAUUUGAAGAAGGAA